UUAUUAUUUAAUUUAGCCAUGAAUUUAUUCAGAGCAAAUAGGAUUUUAACAGUAAACCUAGGAAUUCGGAUGUUCUGCACAACAGGCAUUGAUCCAAGUAAAAACUACUACAGAACACUUGGAAUCAGCAAUGACGCCACUUCUGAAUUGAUCAAAAAAAAAUAUUAUGAAAAAGCUAAAUAAAUAUCAUCCUGAUCUUGGAAAUGCCACUAAAUUUGAAGAAGAGAACUUUAAAUAAGGUUACUGAAGCAUAUGAAGUUCUGGGCAAUAAUAAAAAGAAGGCUAAGUAUGACUACCUGAUCCAGGGAAGAUAUGAUUCUAUCAACGGCAGACAAGGCGGUCAGCAAACAUCGUAUUAUAAGACCACUCAGACUUACACUAAAACAUAUGGAAAGACAACUGCUAGUGAGAAUGUAGGUUCAGAAAACUCGGGGAGUGCUUAUGGUGGUAAUUAUUAUGAGGACUUGAAGAAACGGGAACAUUAUAGGCAACAGAAUCUCGCCUCUGAUAAGAACUUACUUGGCGAAGCAUUUGUUAAGAUUGGAGGAGCGCUGGUUGCUUUUGGUGUGUUGAAAAGUGUUCUAAGCUUUGGAGGGAGGGAUAGCAAGCAGAGUAGUCCUUUAGUGCAACAUGGAAUGGCUCCAUUUGCAACUACCUCUCAAAAUAAUGAUGAGAAAUUCCCAUAUGAUGCUUUUACAAGACCUGGCGGUAAAAACCACACAAUUAGUCGUCCCAAAACUGAAAUUCGAGUCAUAAAAUCUUACCCUAAACCAUCCCAGCCACUAAAUCAACCCAAUUCACAACCUCUUCACCAACCAAAACCCCCGAAAAGAAAAACCAAACCAAAUCCCAAUAAACCCAAAUCCAAGAAACAAAGAAGGCCAAACCAAUCCCCAACCUCCAAAAUCCCUUCUCCAAAACUCCCAGAAGCAAUUCUCCCCACAGAUCCCCCAUCCAAAAUAACUAAAAGCCUGAACAUCUCUUAAAACUUUCACUCAACUCCUACUCAAGCCUGCUUACUCUCCAGAUUCUUUCCUGUCCAAUUCCUUCAUGCACUGGCUGGCUACUUUCCUG